AUGACAUUCUCUGUGUAUUCAUUUAAGUGCAUUCAAGAUGUUCACACUGGCGUCUUUUCGCCCCUGGAAUUGGUGCCGAACGAACCAGUAACGGAAUCUCAGCGAACUUACCCCAUGGGGAUAAGUGGAGCAGACUUAAAGCUUUUUCAACAUGAUGUCACAACAAUUGAGCCACGAGAUAAAUAUGUCAUCAUCUCCAUUAACUAUACCAGCUAUAUUGUGAAACGUGAUUGCCUGACAGUUGUUGUUUUGACUGCGGGGAUGUCAGAGAAGGACGCUGUCCAUAUGGGGAAAAAAUUCGAGAGCGAAGCACUUAAACGUGCAUACGAGGAAGAAGUUAAGAACAUGUAUGACACCGAGCUCAGAAAGUAUUCAGAGCUUCUCUACAUAGGGACGAUUUUGCGAUAUGAAGUUACACGACUGAAGAACUCGCUAGAAAAAGCACAGGAACUCAUCACUCAGCUGUCCAAGGUUGUCCCUGAUGAUCUCAAGAAGUCAGUGGAAGACAUCAAUUCUCUUGGGGGACAAGCAUCUUCACUUAUCAAUGCUUUCAAGUACCUCUUCGACGACGAUCUAGAAGUCCUUGCCCUUUGCUUUGAGAAUCAAGUGUCUCGAAGAAAGAAGCUAGAACGUGAUAAUGCCUUGACAAAUCAACCCUUCCACUUUCCCAAAUAUGGCAUACAAACAGAUAGUGAGACAUCCGAUAGCUCAGAAUCUAUUAGUGACGAAGACUAUCCUGUCCCCCUAGAUGCAAUUCUCACGUUUCUAGAAAAGUAUUAUUUCGAAGUGCAGAGCAUCGGGUCAACUGCUAUCAUUUUGAAGCAGAAGAUUACAGAUGCAAUCUUCUUUCGACAGCUUCAAUUAGAUACUAAACGUAACUUUUUCCUAGGCUUAGAUGCAGUCCUUGGGAUCAUCUCAUGUGGAUGCCUCAUUGUAACGGGCGUAGGAAACUUUUUUGGGGCUAAUGUUUUGAACCCAUGGAACUUCAGCCCACCUGGGCCACUCAGUACGCAAAGUGAUUUAUUUCCAGACAUACUCAGUGUAUCUUUGUGGAUAGCAUGCCCCGCUGUUAUAUUUAUAGUUACCAAUCUAUUAGUCCUUUUUUACAUUAUGCAGAAAAAUAAAAAAGAAAUCCGGAUGCAAGAUUUAAUUUCGCAGUUCAAGAGCUAA